AUGCCACCCAAGAAGCGCAGCAUCGCUGUCAUCGACCUUGUCAGUAGCGAUGGCGAAGACUCAUCCGUCCAACGACCCAGCAAAAGGCCGGCUAGCCAUCGCUUGGGCCCCAGUCCAGCCAGCGGCAGGGUUUACGGAAAUACCCCAUCAAGCUCCCAGCCCCAUUUGAGCUCAGGUGCUCUUGCUCCUCGCUCUUCGACUCAGUCUAUUGACAACGAUGACGACCUUGUCGAUUUGACCCAAGCUCCGGAUGGCCCACCAAGAGAACUUUAUGGGAUUCUCGACAACAAGAUUGUCGGCGUUCGCUACUACAAUGGAUAUGCCUCUGCAGGCGAGGUGGUCUAUGAUCGCAAUGCCAUCCGAGUGUGUAACGUCAUGGGCGCCCAGAUCGGCCAUCUUCCACGCAAAGUAGUUGAAAAGCUAGCGCCAUAUGUUGAUCGGGAUGAGAUCGCAAUAGAAGCUAUUCUUACAGGGGAGAAGGGCAUGUUUGACUGCCCCAUUCGUCUACAGCUCUAUGGUUCGAGCAACCCAGUCGACCGCUCGGCGUUGGAGGACAAGCUAAAGAAGGACAAACUGCUCAAGGCUAGAGAACUUAAGCAGACGAGAGCCGAGGCAGAAGCGCAGAGAAAGAUGCUAGGCAUCAAGGGCAGCCAGUCUACAAUUGGUUUGAACCCUGCUGAGCCAGAGGUGUCUCUGGAGGACCUGGCCCAAGCCAGUCAGGCAAUUUCGAGCCGUCCACGCGGUGAUGCUGUCAAGUCGCUCGUAAUGGACGAGCACUUCUUGUCCAAAAUGCCGAUGGCAGAGCAGCCCGCCGUUCUUGAGUCGACAUUACUGCCAUACCAAUUACAGGGUCUGGCGUGGAUGACGUCGAAAGAGAACCCCCAGAUGCCUCCUAAGGGCUCUCAGGAGAGUGUCCAACUGUGGAAAUGGCACCCGAACGGCCGUAACUUGUACCACAAUAUGGCCACGAACUUCGUGGUACAGAGUGCACCCAAGCUCCUUUCGGGUGGCAUACUAGCGGAUGACAUGGGUCUUGGCAAGACUUUACAAGUCAUCAGCUUGAUCUUGACUGGAGGGGGCGGUCCGACGCUCAUCGUUGCUCCGUUGAGCGUCAUGAGCAACUGGGAUCAACAGAUCCGCAAGCAUGUCAAAAAGGAGCAUCUGCCCAAGAUCUUUACCUAUCAUGGAAAUAACAAGGCCACCAAGAAUGAGUUGGCCAAGUAUCAAGUUGUCAUCACCAGCUACAACAAGCUUGCCCAGGAAGGAGGCCAGGAAAAGGCCAUCGCACCUUUACCACCCCUUAUCGCCACAAAUUGGACUCGCGUUGUACUUGACGAAGGUCACACGAUCCGAAACGCAAAGACCAAGGCUGCCAUAGCUUGUCGAAAGCUCAACGCUAAAUCCAGAUGGGUCCUGACCGGAACUCCAAUCAUCAAUAGUAUCAAGGACUUCCAGUCCUUGCUUCAGUUCCUUGGAAUCAACGGUGGCGUUGAGCAACCUGCCAUUUUCACCAGCGUGAUCGCACGGCCCCUUGCCCAAGGGAACGAGACGGCAGAGGCUCUCCUACAGCUAUUAAUGCGAGAUCUCUGCCUGCGACGCAAGAAAGACAUGAAAUUCGUCGACUUGAAGCUUCCGCCCAAGACGGAAUACGUCCACCGCAUUGCCUUCAGGCCAGACGAGAAAAGCAAGUACGAAGCAUUGCUGUCCGAAGCGCAAAUUGCGCUUGAAAAGUACCAAAACAACACUGGCGAGAAGGGCCAGUUUCAAAGUGUACUGGAGCGCCUUCUCCGCCUUCGUCAGGUAUGCAACCACUGGACGCUCUGCCGCAAAAGAAUCUCCGAUCUUCUUGAGGCCCUCGAAGGCCAAUCUGUCGUUAUUCUCAACUCGGAAAACACCAAGAUCCUCCAAGAGGCGCUUCGUCUUUUUAUUGAAACCCAGGAAGACUGUGCCGUUUGCCUCGAUACUCUGAGCGGCCCUGUCAUCACGCAUUGCAAGCACGUCUUCUGUCGCGGCUGUAUUUCAAAGGUCAUUCAGACGCAGGGCAAGUGUCCCAUGUGUCGUAACAAGCUCGAUGAAGACGCGCUUCUGGAGCCCGCCCCGGAGGGCGGCGAAGAGGAAGAUGGGAACUUUGAUGCCGACGCGAAGAGUUCCAAGACCGAGGCUCUCCUCAAGAUUCUACAGGCUACAACCAAAAAUCCCGACUCCAAGGUCAUCAUCUUCUCGCAAUGGACUUCGUUCUUGACUAUUAUUCAGAACCAACUCGUGGAGGCCGGCUACAAGUUCACCCGCAUCGACGGCUCCAUGACGGCGCCGAAACGAGACGCCGCCAUUCAUGCCCUGGACAACGACCCGGAGACGCGCGUGAUGCUCGCGAGUUUGGCCGUCUGCAGCGUCGGUCUCAAUUUAGUGUCGGCGGAUACGGUGAUUCUUGCAGACAGCUGGUGGGCGCCGGCCAUUGAGGACCAGGCAGUGGAUCGUGUGCACCGCCUGGGUCAGAAGAGACCUACAACUGUGUGGCGUCUUGUUAUGGAGGGGACUGUUGAGGAGCGCGUGCUGGAUAUCCAGCUGGAGAAGCGGACGCUGGUCGGCAAGGCGUUCCAAGAGAAGAACAAGGGGAAGAAGACUCAGGAGACCCGCAUGGCGGAUCUGAAGAAGCUGCUUGGUUGA